GUGACAGUUCGACGAUUGUCAGUUGCGCGAGGCGAGUGUUGUGGUAAGAAUGGCUUCGUCACGUAAAAAGCAAGACGAGAAAAAUCUCAAGACGUUACGCGAACUGGGGGCCCAGCCCCAGAACAAGUACUGUUUCGACUGCAACCAGCGCGGCCCCACCUACGUCGACAUGACCAUCGGCUCCUUCGUCUGCACAAAGUGCUCCGGAAUGCUACGAGGUUUAACGCCGCCACACCGCGUCAAAUCCAUCUCCAUGGCCACGUUCACGACGGAAGAAAUCGACAUGCUGAAAAGCCGAGGGAACGACUACUGCAGGAGCGUCUGGUUGGGCCUGUACGAAGGCGCUUCCCCCGGCCCGGAGUUCCGGGACGAGCAGUCGGUGAAGGACUUCAUGGUGGACAAGUACGAAAGGAAAAGGUAUUACCUCGACCCGGCCCAGGCCCUCAAGAACGGAUACAAGACCCCAGAAACGUCGAAAGUCAAGCCUUUGAGCACGCUCAUAUCCGAUCCAAAGCCGAUUAAGCUGAACGGAAGCACGACAGAAUUAAACAGGAAGCGGCCGGAGGCUGGCAAGAAUACGUCGUUCGCUGUGAACUUUGAUAACGCUGAUAUUUUCACAUCGAACAACAACACGACGACGAAGACGACGCAGGAGUCCUUUGCGAAUUUCGACGAUAAUCCGGUUUUCAGCAAUACGAACAAUUCGAUUGGCAGCUUCAGAAAUAUAUGUAUGCCAACGCCGAAUGCUUUCGACAAUUUUACUCUAGCACAAUCAAACAAUACCAACAAAGUACCUGCAGCGCCACCUGAAGACAAAUACGCCGCUUUAAAAGACUUGGACAACGCUUUGAAGCAGAGCCGGACGGAGCACAACGCGGUGGACUGGAAUUCUUCCGGGUCAAAUGGGUCAUUGUAUAGUUCCCCGACGCCUUCUGGGUCCGUGUACAGUUCGCCGUCGCCUCAAAGCUCCAUGUUCGGUUCACCUAGUCAAGGUCAGUUCAUGAACGCGUUCCAAAGUCAAGACAACGCAUUCUCGAAUCCGUUCAAUAGCAGUAGUAACGGCUUGAAUUGGGGCAGUAAUGGGAAUAAUUUCGGGCAGGCUUUCGCUAAUCCGUUCCGUGAACCUGUGAGGGUCAACGGAUUUGCCCAGAAUUACCAGCCCACUUUGUUUCCGGUAGCCGCUAAUGGAUCGACAUGGGCGGCAAACCCGUUCAAGGUCGGCGCAACUGCAAAUAUGAACUCCAAUAAUCCAUUUUUAUGAGUUGUUGUAUAAACAAGGAAUGUAAUUUUAAUCACUUCUCUCUCUAUCUCUAUCUCUCUCUAUGCCGAGUGGACGCGUUCCAUUAUUUAUAUUUAGGAGACUCCAGAGUAGGAAAUUGUACGUAAAUUAUUUUCCCUGUAAUAACCUAACAGAUUUUAUUUAUUUAUUUGCCUAUAUCCUAAACCCAUGUAUCAAAGUCAAGCCAAAAAUGCUUUUGUCUUUUAUAUAAAACUAUGUAAACUAGGAUAACGUUAAGUAACUAAGUAGUAGUUAAUACGCUUACUUGAAAUCAAACCGUUAGGUUGCCUUCUUUUAUGAACAACUAAGAUGAACAAUAUUUUGUGUAUAUUUAUUUAGUGUUUCGUGCGACAGUUUGGACUUUUUUUUAUUGGAAAGUGGCCUUGAUAGGUUUACGAGACUGUCUCUUUUUUUAGUAGUUUUAUUCUCUGAUUUUUUUGUAAACUUGCUAUUAACAAUUGAUUGACGAUGUUCUGUGAUAAAAGAUGCUUCAAUGCAAAUCAUCUUGUAUUAGUGAAGUCAAAAUUUGAUAAUUUGGUGUUUUUUUCCAACUUUACAUCUCGUGAUGCCUCAAUGAACGAUGUGAAACAGACUCUCCGUCCCGGUUAAUAUAUAAAACAUAGAAUUUGUUAAGUCGAGCACAAUUUAUGCAAUGUAUAUUGUUGUCAAAAGGUUGUGUAAAUACUACAUAAAGAAAUAACACCAAAAGUUAA